AUGUGGUCUUUCUUAGUGCUUCACAAUACUACUCGAAUGGCCAUUUUGCCUCACCACAACCCAACUCUUAGGCCCCUAUACCAUUCUCGAAUGAGCCACCGUAUUUUACUCCAAACCAGCAUAUAUUGCUCCACCACCACAACCCCCGCCAAGCCACGCGGUGAUCAAAUCAUGGUAAAUCAACCGUCGGCUCUAGGUCAAAAUGUGGCCACUGUUAGUACUCGUCCCGUUCUUAAUGACCCAACUUUGCAAUCAACAUGGACCCACCGUGUUUGGGUGGCAAGUGGCUGCACCACCGUGCUGAUUUCUCUAGCAAAAUCCAUAACCACUGCCAUCGAUUCACAUAUAUUGAUUGAACCCAUUUUAGCAGGCUUCAUUGGCUAUGUACUCGCAGAUCUUGGCUCCGGAAUAUACCACUGGGGCAUCGAUAAUUACGGCGAUUCCAGAACCCCAUUUUUUGGUAAUCAAAUAGAAGCAUUUCAAGGUCAUCACAAAUGGCCAUGGACAAUAACCAGACGCCAAUUUGCUAACAAUUUACACGCACUAGCACGUGCAGUAACUUUCACAGUGCUUCCAUUUGACCUAAUCUGCAACGAUAAUGCAGUUCUGUUUGGAUUUGUUGGUGUGUGUUCAGGUUGCAUUAUGUUUAGCCAGCAGUUUCAUGCAUGGGCUCAUUCUACAAAGAGCAAGCUUCCGGCGGCGGUGGUGGCGCUGCAAGAUGCCGGAAUACUCGUGUCUCGGUCGCAGCAUGCGGCGCACCACCGCCCGCCGUAUAACAAUAAUUACUGCAUAGUGAGCGGAGUUUGGAAUGAAUUUUUGGAUAAUUCUAAGUUUUUUGAGGCACUGGAGAUGUUAUUUUUCUUUAAGCUUGGAGUGAGGCCACGUUCUUGGACUGAACCAAACUCAGAAUGGACUGAAGAAACUGAAAGUGCGCACCUCUAA